AUGCACCAACAUCCUCGCCCUCCACCUGUAACUGCGUCUCCCGCGAACUCUGAACAAACAAAUCCCACUCGUACAAACAAUCCUAGAGAUAGAGACCUUCAGGCAUUAAGAGCAACUUCUCCCACCACCCAAGGCUCUGGUUCCUCUGAAGACUUCGCUGCCACAAGACAAGACCAACCAAAUGACAACCCUCUUGCUCAGAUGCAGAGACUGAACCAAGUUAUCCAGAAUUUCCACACAAAGGCCGCCUUGAUCAUUCUACAUUCCCGUGCCGAGCUGUCUCCCGCCUACUCCAAGAACACAGAUACAAAACGAGUCAACCGGUGGUUCAACCUUGACGUCGACGAGACGGACGACUACAAAGACGAUAUCAGGAAGUGGAAAACCUGUGAUGUGAAAGAUGAUCGACCUCCUCCACUGAUCAUCGAAGUUUUCCUCACCACCGAUCCAUUGCAGCAGGGACAGCGGCUUGUGAUUCUGGACGAGGACGGGAAGAGAUGGGAUGUGGCCAGUACAUUGAACUCUGCUUACGGCAACUCUCGAGGAAGCCAACGGCGACAUGCAGACACACAUGAGAUUCUCCUAGAACGCUGGACGAUAGAACUGGGCGAUGCCACUGCACCUAUUCCCCCGGACCUGGCAACAUUGCUCCCCCUGGUCUACAAAAAGAGCAUUGUCCUGUUCCGCUCCGUUUAUACAUAUUGCAAUUUUCUCCCUGCAUACAAAUUAGCACGAAAGAUCGGCAAGGGCCGCUCUACCAUGGCCUUGAAAUUGGGUUAUCGGUUGGUUGACGGCGCCCAGAUCAAUAGCCUGAACCGAUCAGAUAACCUCAAUCUCCGUUUGUUCGAUUCUAACUCCGAUGUCCUUUCCACCUAUAAGUUUGGCGAGACAGAUUCGCCCGCUGGUCCGUUCUCGGUCAAAGUCCAGUAUCGUUCGAACUGUGAAUUCCGAAUCGACGAUUCUGAGGAACUUUUGAGUUCAAGAUUUCUGGGGACUGACGAUGAACUGUUUAGACCGUCUUUGCCCGGCGACCAGGCCACUCGGACAGAAGUCGGCUCAUUACCUAUGGAUAGGCGACAGAACCUCUUGGAACGUCCUGAACUAGGGCAUGCCUAUGGAAGCUUGUCGACAUUUCAUCAGGCAGGCAUCGCUACGGGAACAAGUCCCAUUUCAGCUCUACGAAACGCACAGGAUUUCAGCGCCGAAUCUCCUCCUACCCCUGAGCCAGCUAGGCCUGCGAUGCAUGCCCACACCCCAAGUCAAGGUUCACGGAAUACACUCAGAGCCGCGGCAGCCAAUCGGCGCAGCUCUUUCUCGGUCCAGCCAUUCAAAGCACCGCCACUAUCUGCAUCGCCACUUGGGGCUUCUCCAUUAGCUAGUUCACCUAGAACCCAUGCCCGUAUUCCCACCCUGGGUUCCUUGACCGAAGAAGGAGUUUUGCCUUCGCGGGGAUCUACCAUGGCAGGGAGACGCACUGGUUCCCUUGCCUCAGACCAGGGUGUUGCAUUGUCUUCCUCCAGCUCUCCGAAACCUGCACCUGUCACCAAGUACAGCAGUAGCUUCAGCCACAGGAGGGCUCGCCUAUCGUCAGGGGGUACUACCACUCGCACGGAUGAAGACCAAACUAGUAGUGGGAGAGGAAGCACGGCUUCCUCUGCCCAGCCAGGCUCUGGUCUGAUGACUGAAGCAACAGGUGGUGGUGCGAGUUCCGGUUCUGCCGCAGAAGAUGACGACGAGAACAUUCCUGGAUUCCUUAAGAUGCUGGAAAUGCAAAAGGAUUUAUUAGCACCAGCAACACGCUCAGCAGCGGAAGCAUCCACCAGGAGGACUGCAGCUGCGCUGAACCGCUUUCACAGAAUGCGAGAUUCUAAUACUGCACUGUCUGACUCCAUGUCAUCCUCCUUGAUGAUGCAAAAGUCCUCCACGUCUUCGAGUCGUCAACUAUCUGGUAUUCCACCAAUGGUGACAGGUACUUCAAUAUCGACCUCGUCAUCUCCUGGGAAGCCCAUCUCGCCACAUACACCACACACACCGUUCGCUCCCUCCAGACUCAGCGCAGCGUACAGCCAUGAUGAUACAGAGACACCGCAUGGCUUGACAACACACGAGCCUCCGUCACCGUCUGAAACUCCAACGGACGAGACCGCUCAAGCACGAUCAAGCACUCAUGUUCCAGCUAUUGACAUUCCUAGCUCGCCACGGACGUUCUUACCAGGCUAUCAGCGCUCUAGUUCAGCUCAACGACAACCAAUGAGUACAGAUGAUGAUAUCGCUGAUUUGUAUGGGAUGAGAAGUGCAAGUAUGGGGGCACAGGAACGACGGCGUCAUCAACGACAGGAGUCUAACCAACGAAGCGUCGACGCAGAUGACCGAACGGGCAGUGGUCGGCAGACGGAGCCAUCUGCUAGGGCAACCGAUUCCGCACGACGGCCCGCACACGCUCAUCCUUUAUCAGGUCUACCUGCACUCGCGACUGAUGGCGGCGGGUCUGGAUCUAAUUCUGGACGAUCUUCAGCCAAUCCAUAUCGAUCUCGUUUAGCGAGAGGGGGAGCUGGUCGGAUUGUGACGCCGCCUCAAACGUCGACCUCAAGCUUUGGUGAAACUGGAGUUAGUAUUGAUCGUGGUGAUAGCAGCAGCGUAAGCGGAUCAUGGGGAAGAGGAGGCAGAAGGAGCGGAAGUCGACCUGAGAAUCGAUUUGACGAGGAUGAAUUUCUACCAUUUGCGAUGGAAAAGAGCGACUUCAAUACCGCUGGUCGGUCUGGUGAUCCCGGCGGCGUCAGUGAACGUUAG